AUGCAGUCUCCUUGUAAUUAGUGAGAGGGAGAAAGGCAAUCAGAGAGGCAAUCAGGCUUUUACUUUCAGCAAGAAGGAGAGGCCAAGAUUGCUUAAAAAUCCGCAAAGAGGGUGUUUGAAGAAAUUCACAAGAGAGAUUACUUCAAUGGCCCCAAGGUCUGGCAGAGGAAAGUCUAACAAAGCCAAAGCUGAGAAGAAGAAGAACAAAGAAGAGAAAGUGGUGCCCAGUCUUCUUGAUAUAACAGUCAUCACUCCAUAUGAAACACAAGUGAUUCUCAAGGGCAUCUCCACAGACAAGAUCCUUGAUGUGAGAAAGCUACUGGCAGUGAAUGUAGAGACUUGCCACCUGACAAACUACUCUUUGUCUCAUGAGGUCAAAGGGCAGAGGUUAAAUGACAGAGUAGAGGUGGUUCAUCUGAAGCCAUGUUUGCUUAAAAUGGUUGAAGAGGACUAUACUGACGAAUCUCAGGCGUUGGUUCACUUGCGGAGACUCUUAGACAUCGUAGCCUGCACCACCAGGUUCUCCAGGUCCAGAAACGCCCGUUCACCGCCAUCAUUAGAAUCACGCGCCAAAAAGAAUGGAUGUAGGCCGCGCCAGUCUACACCAAAUACGCCUGCGCCGUCUGAUGACCGAAAUGGUCCAUGUGCCACGUCAUCCUCCGAUGGCGCUUCGGUUACAUCGCCUAUCUCACCGAGUUGGGACAUGGCUGCCAUUCGCCCGACGCCGAAACUCUCCGAGUUUUAUGACUUCUUCUCUUUCUCGCACCUCUCUCCUCCCAUCUUACAUAUGAAGAGAUGUGAGCGUAAAGAUGAAGAGAAGCGAGAUGGCGAUUACUUUGAAAUUCAGAUAAAGAUCUGCAAUGGGAAAUUAAUACAAGUUGUUGCAUCAGUAAAGGGGUUUUAUACAUGGGGCAAACUAUUUUUUCAAUGCCACUCCCUGGUUGAUCUUCUGCAAAAUCUCAGUCGGGCUUUUUCUAAUGCAUAUGAGUCCUUAAUGAAAGCUUUUGUUGAACACAACAAGUUUGGUAAUCUUCCUUACGGAUUUCGAUGUAAUACAUGGCUUGUUCCCCCAUCUAUUGUUGAGUCUCCGUCAAACUUCAUACCCCUGCCAGCAGAAGAUGAGAAUUGGGGUGGAAAUGGUGGGGGCCAGGGAAGAGAUGGAGAACAGGAUUUACGACCAUGGGCAACAGAAUUUGCUAUACUAGCUAAGCUUCCUUGCAAAACUGAAGAGGAGAGGGUGAUUAGAGACCGAAAGGCCUUCUUGUUGCAUAGCAAAUUUGUUGAUGUCUCAAUUUUUAAAGCUGUUGGAGCAAUAUGCCAUCUCAUUGAUUCUAGUUUAAAUGAUAAAACAAUAAAUCAGCACCCUGAUGCAGUCUUACAUGAGGAUCGUGUUGGGGACUUGUCCAUUACAAUAAUACGUGAUAUUGCAGAUGCAAGCUUUAAGUCUGAAAUAAAAAUUAACGGCAAUCAAUCAUCUGGCAUGUCUACUAAGGAAAUUGCUCAAAGGAAUUUACUUAAAGGGGUUACUGCAGAUGAGAGUGUGGUUGUUCAUGAUUCUUCCUCAUUGGGCAAUGUCAUUGUAAGGCAUUGUGGAUACACUGCAAUUGUAAAAGUUGUUGGUGAUGUGAAGAAAGAAAAGUUUGAGGCACAAGAUUUUGAAAUUGAGGACCAACAAGAUGGAGGAGCGAAUGCUCUUAAUAUUAAUAGCUUAAGGUUUCUGCUGCACAAAUCUUUCGCUGCUGAAUCAAUGGUAGGAAGCCAGUCACCACGGUGCAAUUUGGAUUAUUCAGACGCUUCUAGAAGACUUGUUCGGACAGUGAUUAAAGGAAGUUUGACCAAGUUAAAGGGGGAGCCAACCUCUUCUGAAAGGUCUAUCAGAUGGGAACUUGGUUCUUGUUGGUUGCAGUAUCUACAGAAGCAGGAAACACCAACAGAUUUGUAUUCUAAGGGAUCUGGGAUUGAUAAUGAAGCUGAACAUGCCGUGAAAGGUCUUGGGAAACAAUUUAAAUUUUUGAAAAAGAGGGAUAAUAAACCUUUUAGCACAAAUUUGAAGGAAGAAAAUAAUACUGGACCAUGCAGAAUGAAUGUGGAAACAAAUGCUGGAAAGCAAAUCAAUGGGGAGCUCAAUAGUGAGAUGGAGCUGCAGAGACUAAUAUCUGAAGAAGCCUUCUUGCGAUUGAAAGAAUCUGGAACCAGUGUCCAUUUAAAGACAAUGGAUGAGCUUAUGAAAAUGGCGUUCAAAUAUUAUGAUGAAAUUGCUUUACCGGAGCUGGUAACAGACUUUGGAUCACUUGGGCUUUCUCCAGUUGAUGGCCGCACACUAACUGACUUUAUGCAUUUGAGGGGAUUACAGAUGUGCUCCUUAGGUCGCGUGGUUGAACUUGCAGAGAAGCUUCCUCACAUCCAAUCACUUUGUAUUCAUGAGAUGGUUACUCGGGCUUUCAAGCAUGCAGUGAAAGCUAUUGUUGCAUCUGUUGACAAUAUAGCAGACCUUGCUGCGACUGUAGCAUCGUCCCUAAAUUUCUUACUUGGCAGCUCUGGAAUGGGAGAUGAUCAAAGCUUGAACAAAGAUCAUGCUCUUAAAAUUCAGUGGUUACGCCAAUUUGUUAGCAUAAGAUUUGGUUGGUCCCUAAAGGAUGAGUUUCAGCAUCUGAGAAAGAUUUUGAUUCUCCGUGGGCUUUGCCAUAAGAUUGGGUUGGAGUUGGUUCCAAGAGAUUAUGAUAUGGAAUGCCCGAACCCCUUCAAAAAAGAAGAUAUUGUCUGCAUGGUUCCUGUGUGCAAGCAUGUGGGAUGCACUUCAGCUGAUGGAAGGACUUUAUUAGAGUCAUCUAAAUUAGCUCUGGAUAAAGGAAAAGUGGACGAUGCUGUCAAUUAUGGAACAAAGGCAUUAGCAAAGAUGAUUGCUGUAUGUGGUCCAUACCACCGUACUACUGCAAGUGCUUACAGUCUUCUGGCUCUGGUUCUCUAUCAUACUGGAGAUUUUAAUCAGGCAACAAUAUAUCAGCAGAAGGCUUUGGAUAUUAAUGAAAGGGAACUUGGUCUUGACCAUCCAGAUACAAUGAAAGGCUAUGGGGAUCUUUCAGUAUUUUAUUAUCGCCUUCAACACAUUGAGUUGGCUCUGAAAUAUGUAAAUCGUGCAUUGUACCUUUUGCAUUUUACUUGUGGACUUUCACAUCCAAAUACUGCUGCAACAUAUAUAAACGUGGCUAUGAUGGAAGAGGGCAUGGGAAAUGUUCAUGUUUCUCUUAGAUACUUACAUGAAGCUCUUAAAUGCAACCAAAGACUAUUAGGAGCUGAUCAUAUACAGACAGCUGCAAGCUAUCAUGCAAUAGCCAUAGCUCUUUCAUUGAUGGAAGCAUAUUCAUUAAGUGUGCAACAUGAACAAACUACACUUAGGAUACUGCAAGCAAAACUUGGACCAGAAGACCUGCGUACUCAGGAUGCUGCUGCAUGGCUUGAAUAUUUUGAAUCAAAAGCUCUAGAGCAGCAAGAAGCAGCACGAAAUGGAACUCCAAAGCCAGAAGUAUCCAUUGCAAGUAAAGGCCACCUGAGUGUAUCAGAUCUCCUGGAUUACAUAAGUCCUGAUCAAGAUUCUAAAGGAAAUGAAGCACAGAGGAAACAUCGACGUGCCAAGGUAUUGCAGAAUGGUGAGAAGAACCAUGAAGCACUUCAUGAUGUGAUAGCUGAGGAAGCCUUGCUCCAUGAUGGAAUGAAAGAUGGUAAGACUGUCACAGAAAGCAAUACAGAGGAAGUAAGGAUAAGCAAGGUUCAUCCUGAAGAGCCAGAAGAAAAUGAUGAUACUACUGGACACAGACUGACAAUCUCUGGUGAACUUGUUGAAGAAACAACUUCAGAUGAAGGGUGGCAAGAAGCCAAUCCAAAAGGGAGGUCAGGAAAUGCUACUGGCUGGAAAUCAGGCCAGAGGCGACCAGUUCUUGCAAAGCUAAACACAAACAGUUCUGGACAUUCAAAACUUAGAGAAAGAAGCAAUAGGCGAGACACUAUAUCUUCAGCACAGCAAAUAACUCAAAGGAACAGUACAACUGAGUUGUCAUCAAUGAAGAAUUCAAUUAAACUGAAGGCAAAACCUUCUGGUUCUAAAGUUUUGACCAAUCCAGCAAAUCUGACUUCCUGGGCUUCCAAGUCACUAUCUUACAAAGAAGUGGCUGUUUCACCACCAGGAACAGUACUAAAGCCAUUACUGGAGAAAGUAGGAGUAAGUGACAUAAAAACUGAAACCCAGGAAUGCAUUGUUGAAUCUGAGACAUCAAAAGAGGAGACAACUAAUGAUAUCCCUCCAGCUGAGGAUGUACAUGAUAAUGGACAAACAAAAGAAGCUCAUGAAUGUAUAAUUCCACUGGAAACUACGGCUGAAGAACCUGAGGAUAUUUCUUGUUCCACUAACCACAAAAAGCCGAUAGAAAUGAAUGGGAAUAAGCUUUCUGCAGCAGCUGAACCAUUCAAUCCAGGAGCUCUCUCCACGACUCACCCAAUAAACUCAGUAGCUGCCACAAGUAUUUUUGGUUUAAGAGUUAGUCAAGGCAUGCUUGCAGAGCCAGCUGGACCUUCACCUGCUGCCAGAGUUCCUUGUGGGCCUAGAUCACCACUCUACUAUAGAACUAAUCAUUCUCACUUCAUGAAGCAUGGUUUUCCUAAAUAUCAUGCACCCAUCAUGGAAGGAAACGGAUUUGGGUCUUCAAGAAUCAUGAACCCACAUGCACCUGAGUUCAUACCGAGAAGAGGUUGGCAAACAAAUCCUGGAAAUUCAGAUUCAAAUACCUUGAAUGGGUCAAACUCUUCAAAUGAAACGAGUGAGGCAGAAGAUGAGAACAGUGAUAAAUUAUCCAACAAUGAAGUUAUGGAUAAUACUUCAAGAAAGAGCUGUACAGAAGCUGAGAAGUCAGAGCUGGCAAGGCAGAUACUGCUUAGUUUCAUCGUAAACUCAGUCCAGCAUAAUAUAGAUGCUCCAAAUCAGUGUGCAGGUGAUGAGAAGAAGUUCGAGCAUUCAGAAAAUCAUUCAGAUGCAAUAGCAAAUGACAGGGCAAUCAUAAAAAUUCUUUAUGGGAAUGAAAAAGGCAAGACAAAUUUGGCUUCUCAGUCCAAUGAUCAAGAGCAACUGGAAACAAAAGAUGUAAACAGUAAAAAUGGGGAUGAUGAAGGAUUUAUAGUUGUCUCAAAACGGGGAAGAAACAGACAACAGUUCCCUAAUGGGGUAGUCAGGCUGUACAAUCGGCAAUCAAUCUGCACUUCUGUUAGUUAAAGAAAGAAAAUGAAAUGAAGACAUAGGCAAGGUAUUGUCCUGUUUUUCUCCCUGUUUCAUUUGGCAAUAUUUCUUCUAUCAGUCAUAUUCUAUUAUAGAUUUAGAUAUCUUUUUGUCGGCUCCAAUAAUGUGUGCAAAUAGCUUUCUUCUCUUGCUGAGAAAUAUUAGCUGAUCAGUAGAACUUUUAUUGGCAAAUUUUUGUAGCAUGAGGGUUGUGUUUUUUGCAUCAUUGUCUGGAUCUUGUAAAUAAGAAUAUUUUGUGUUCUGUUAUAAAAAGAAUUGUGAUUUCUUUUUUUGGGUUAA